GUUAAUGACAUAGAGGGGAGUUGCCCGGGCCAGACCAGACGCACCAAUACACCCUGUCAAGCAACAUAGUCCUGUCGAAUUAAACUCUCUCCUGUCCGCAUCACCAAAAUACCCGCCGCGGCCUAGAAAACGUCUAAAUCAGACAGCAUAAGGCAGCAUGGUGUACCAUCCUGAGUUUGAGAAGGCUGGCCAACAGGCGGGCCUGCAGGUGUGGAGGAUUGAGAAGUUUGACCUGGUGGCCGUGCCAGAGAACCUGUAUGGAAGCUUCUACACGGGAGACGCCUACCUGGUCCUCAACACCAUCAAGCAGCGCUCCGGGAACCUGCAGUAUGACCUGCACUUCUGGCUGGGCGAUUUCUGCACCCAGGAUGAGAGUGGAGCAGCAGCCAUCUUCACAGUCCAGAUGGAUGACUAUCUGGGGGGUAAACCCAUCCAGUACCGUGAGGUCCAGGGACAUGAGUCCAAAGUAUUCCUGGGUUACUUCAAGGCUGGACUGAAGUACUUGAAAGGAGGUGUGGCAUCUGGGUUCAAACAUGUGGUCACCAACGAGGUGGUUAUGCAGCGGGUGCUGCAGGUCAAAGGUCGCCGUGUUGUCAGGGCAACGGAGGUGCCUGUCAGCUGGGACAGCUUCAACCAGGGAGACUGCUUCAUCCUGGACCUGGGAAGCGAGAUCUACCAGUGGUGUGGCUCCCAGAGCAACCGCUUUGAGAAGCUGAAGGCCACCCAGGUUGCCAAGGGUAUCCGUGACAACGAGCGCAGUGGGCGAGCCCGUGUGUACGUGUGUGACGAGGGUGCGGAGAGAGACAAGAUGAUAGAGGUUCUGGGAGAUAAAUCAGACCUGCCUGAAGGAUCCUCUGAUGACAUCAAAGCAGAUGCCUCAAACAGGAAAAUGGCCAAGCUGUACAAGGUGUCCAAUGGCAGUGGAGACAUGGCCAUGUCCAUGGUGGCAGCAGAGAACCCAUUCUCCCAGAGUGCACUGGAGUCCAGCGACUGCUUCAUCCUGGAUCAUGGCUCUGAUGGCAAGAUCUUCGUCUGGAAAGGCAAAGAAGCCAACCUGGAGGAGCGUAAGGCAGCCAUGAAAGCAGCAGAUGAGUUCAUCAAGAAGAUGGGCUACCCCAAACACACCCAGGUGCAGAUCCUGCCGGAGAUGGGAGAGACGCCGCUCUUCAAGCAGUUCUUCAAGAACUGGCGUGACAAGGACCAGACAGAGGGCCUGGGCGUGGCCUAUGUCUCCAACAGCAUCGCCAAGAUAGCGAAGGUGUCCUUCGAUGCCGCCACGCUCCACGACUCCCCUGCCAUGGCUGCCCAGCACGGCAUGGUGGACGGGGGCAACGGAGAGAAGCAGAUCUGGCGUAUUGAAGGAUCAGACAAGGUGGAAGUGGACCCCUCCACACACGGACAAUUCUAUGGGGGAGACAGUUACAUCAUCCUCUACAACUAUCACCAUGGAGGACGCCAAGGACACAUUAUCUACAUGUGGCAGGGAAGUGAUUCUUCCCAGGACGAAAUUGGUGCUUCAGCCAUCUUGGGUGCCCAGUUGGACGAUGAGCUUGGUGGUGGACCUGUGCAGGUGAGAGUAGUCCAGGGCAAGGAGCCAGCUCACCUCAUGAGCCUGUUCAGGGGGCAGCCCAUGGUGGUGUACAAGGGAGGUACGUCCAGAGACGGGGGUCAGUCCGCUCCUGCAGAAACACGACUCUUCCAGGUGCGCUCCAACUCUGCAGGGUGCACAAGAGCUGUGGAGGUUGAUGCUGUGUCCUCCAACCUGAACUCCAACGACACCUUCCUCCUGGUGACCCCAGCAGCCUCUUUCAUGUGGGUGGGCCAGGGGGCCAGUGACACUGAGAAAAAUGGCACCCAGCAGCUCUGUGACAUUCUGGGGGUGUCCUCCUCAGAACUGUCUGAGGGUGGAGAGACUGAUGACUACUGGGAGGCUCUGGGAGGGAAGGCAGCAUACCGCACCUCCUCCAGACUGAGAAGCAAGGACAAGAUGGACGCCCAUCCACCCAGGCUCUUUGCCUGCUCCAACAAGACCGGAAACUUCAUUAUUGAGGAGGUACCUGGGGAGAUGACCCAAGAGGAUCUGGCUACCGAUGAUGUCAUGAUCAUGGACACAUGGGAUCAGGUGUUUGUCUGGAUCGGGAAUGAAGCCCAUGAAGAGGAGAAGACUGAAGCUAUGGCCUCCGCUGUGCGUUACAUUGAGUCAGACCCUGCCAACCGUGACCGCAGGACGCCCAUCGUGAAGAUCAAACAAGGGUUCGAGCCGCCCACGUUCACCGGCUGGUUCCUGGGCUGGGACCAUGAGUACUGGACCAGCGACCCCCUGGAACGUGCCAUGGCUGAGCUGGAGCUCUGAACCCUCACCUUUAACCCUGCUGCCUGGCUCUACAACACACACUGAGCAGCUCCAGUCAUGAGACUUUCAAUGGUUGAACCCUUUAUGCCCUGCCAACGUCCUUACCUCUGACUGCCAGUGGGAGAAGGAUGCUUUUUGGAAUAAAUAAAAAAAGAUAUAGAGAGAGUAGAACAGGCUUUCAUACACUUGUUGAGCUGACACAGAGCACUGGUACACUAUAUUAUUCUCUCCUGAUAAUACUUUAUUAGCUUUUAUACAUAUGCAAAUAAGCAUGUAAGUGACCAAUAAUAAGGGCUUAAAUAGAACCGCAGGCUUAGAUAAGGGAAUCUGCAUGGAUAUUUAAAUAUAUUUUAUGUGUGAGAUAUGCUAUAAAUUUAUUUCUACGAUGUCAACAGACUGUUUCUCGCUAUUCAGAAUCUCACAAUUUCAACAUGAAGAACUGAGCAUAUUACACUGAACAAAAAAUAUAAACGCAACAUGUAAAGUGUUGAUUCCAUGUUUCAUGUCAAUGAAAUAAAAGAUACCAGAAAUGUUGCAUUCGCACAAAAAGCUGAGGAGUAUUUCAGUCUGUAAUAAAGCCCUUUGGUGGGGAAAAACUCAUUCUGAUUGGCUGGGCCUGGCUCCCAAGUGGGUGGGGCUAUGCCCUCCCAUGGCUGCACCCCUGCCCAGAAAUCCAUAGAUUAGGGCCUAAUGAAUUUAUUUCAAUUGACAUUCCUUAUAUGAACUGUAACUCAGUAAAAUCUUUGAAAUUGUUGCAUGUUGCGUUUAUAUUUUUGUUCCGUGUACAAUCUUCUGAACCAGAGGCAGGGGGUAAUGCAGGAAAACACACUGCCAGACAUAACCCCACCCAAGUAAUACAACCAUUAUAGCCUUAAUCUAUAAUACUUCAUGUUCAGUAUGAAGUUACUCGUCAAUGCAGCGGUUCUCUGCCAUAAUGGAAAGGAAUGGAGCGGUUCUCUGCCAUAAUGGAAAGGAAUGGAGCGGUUCUCUGCCAUAAUGGAAAGGAAUGGAGCGGUUCUCUGCCAUAAUGGAAAGGAAUGGAGCGGUUCUCUGCCAUAAUGGAAAGGAAUGCAGCGGUUCUCGGCCAUAAUGGAAAGGAAUGCAGCGGUUCUCGGCCAUAAUGGAAAGGAAUGCAGCGGUUCUCGGCCAUAAUGGAAAGGAAUGCAGCGGUUCUCUGCCAUAAUGGAAAGGAAUGCAGCGGUUCUCUGCCAUAAUGGAAAGGAAUGCAGCGGUUCUCGGCCAUAAUGGAAAGGAAUGCAGCGGUUCUCUGCCAUAAUGGAAAGGAAUGCAGCGGUUCUCUGCCAUAAUGGAAAGGAAUGCAGCGGUUCUCUGCCAUAAUGGAAAGGAAUGCAGCGGUUCUCUGCCAUAAUGGAAAGGAAUGCAGCGGUUCUCUGCCAUAAUGGAAAGGAAUGCAGCGGUUCUCGGCCAUAAUGGAAAGGAAUGCAGCGGUUCUCGGCCAUAAUGGAAAGGAAUGCAGCGGUUCUCGGCCAUAAUGGAAAGGAAUGCAGCGGUUCUCUGCCAUAAUGGAAAGGAAUGCAGCGGUUCUCUGCCAUAAUGGAAAGGAAUGCAGCGGUUCUCGGCCAUAAUGGAAAGGAAUGCAGCGGUUCUCGGCCAUAAUGGAAAGGAAUGCAGCGGUUCUCUGCCAUAAUGGAAAGGAAUGCAGCGGUUCUCUGCCAUAAUGGAAAGGAAUGCAGCGGUUCUCUGCCAUAAUGGAAAGGAAUGCAGCGGUUCUCGGCCAUAAUGGAAAGGAAUGCAGCGGUUCUCUGCCAUAAUGGAAAGGAAUGCAGCGGUUCUCUGCCAUAAUGGAAAGGAAUGCAGCGGUUCUCUGCCAUAAUGGAAAGGAAUGCAGCGGUUCUCGGCCAUAAUGGAAAGGAAUGCAGCGGUUCUCUGCCAUAAUGGAAAGGAAUGCAGCGGUUCUCGGCCAUAAUGGAAAGGAAUGCAGCGGUUCUCGGCCAUAAUGGAAAGGAAUGCAGCGGUUCUCUGCCAUAAUGGAAAGGAAUGCAGGGGAGAGGGACUGAACCAGGCCAGUUGUGUUUUUAUUGGUGUGUCACAACAGGAGCACCCUUCAUUUCUUUAAAUGUUUUAUUUAUUUAACCUUUAACUAGGCAAGUCAGUUAAGAACAAAUUAUUAUUUACAAUGAUGGCCUACCCACAACUGUCAAUGGUUUUCCCAGGCCGUAAUGCUUCUAUUGUAGGUGUCUCACUCCUCUCCUCACUGGUCAGUGCAUGUUGGCCUGGCUCUGUCUGCAGCCUUACAAUGUGGUUCUUCAUCGGGAAUCCAAAGCUUUGCUGCUAUAACUCUCAUUAGCAACCACAUCACACCUGUCAAUUGUUUUCCCCAAUUGUUUCAAUAAAAAACCCAAUGUCACUGACA